UCCAAGGCUUGUUCAAGGCGGUUUAAAACCCAUGCGAUUUGCUACAAGAUCUGUAAAGACUAUAUGGCAACGUUUUUUUGACAACUAUGACAAAUUUGACAAAAUAACCUGACCCUGACAUUUGACAUACGACGUACUGUUUAAUCUUUAUCAUCUCUAAUCUUCGAUUUUUGUUAUUAUAUGAAAAUAUUGAAAAAAGUGUUUAAUUACCUAUUAAAGUAUGAAUAAGAAUGAAUCACGUUAGUUUUUAAGCAGUGAAAGUAUAAUAGAAGAAGCAGCAAUGGCCGCUGAAGGAAGGGUGAUGGGUCGCCGGUUUGUGCUAACACUGGUGAUUGGGAUAUCGGCCGGAUUUAGUUUCGCGUACAUUCUGUUAACGUCGACCGGAUCCUCGUCGUACAUCAGAGACUUCGACAAGCACCCAAUCAUGGACGUACAAGAACACAAGAUGGAUGAACCAGCCCACAGAGACGAGGACCGGACGGAGGCCGACGAGCUGGCCAAGAAAGUCCGGGUCCUAUGUUGGAUCAUGACGCAGCCUAGCAACCAUGAGAAGAAGGCUCGCCAUGUGAAGGCUACAUGGGGGAAACGGUGCAAUAAGCUCAUCUUUAUGAGCUCGCAAGACGACCCAAGUCUCCCAUCCGUGAAGCUGCCAGUGCAAGAAGGGCGCGACUACCUCUGGGCCAAAACGAAAGAGGCCUUCCGAUACGUGUACGAGCACCACAGGAGAGACGCCGACUGGUUCCUUAAAGCUGAUGAUGACACAUAUGUAGUGGUAGAAAAUUUGCGUUACAUGUUGUCUGAACACAACAGUAACGAUCCGGUUUACUUCGGCUGCCGAUUCAAACCAUUUACCUCACAGGGUUACAUGAGCGGUGGAGCGGGGUACGUGCUAAGUCGAGAAGCUUUAGAUCGGUUCGUGAACAAGGGCCUGCCGUCGCCGCAUCUCUGCAAGGCCAGCGAGCACGGCGCCGAAGACGCCGAGAUGGGCAUCUGCCUCCAAAAGAUCGGAGUGAAAGCUGAGGACAGCCGGGACAGUCUAGGCCGCGGAAGAUUCUUCCCAUUCAUGCCACGGGACCACUUGUUCCCCAGCAAGGAUAAGGACUUCUGGUACUGGAAGUACAUCUUCUACCCUACAGAUGACGGACUAGACUGCUGUUCAGACCACGCCAUCUCAUUCCACUACGUAAACCCACAAGAAAUGUACAUCUUAGACUACUUAAUCUACCACUUGCGGCCGUACGGCAUCAAAUACGGCGCCAGCGACGCUAAAACCAGCGCCAACGUAGUAGGGAGUAAUGACACUAAACAAGCAGUAGUGUAACUUUUAGUGUAAGAUGUCAGCGUCAGGAUAAAAGAGAAACGUAGAUGUGUAAUGUUUUACAAAAAUGCCUGGAGCUUCAACUGGCAUGCUAAUCACGUAAAAAAUACUUGCAUGCAUCUACGCAGCUGGUAUGCCACUUGUGCAAGUUGUUGGCAUGUGUAUCGCAGGCUUAAUACAGCCUUAUACAGGGUGAAAUAAAAGAGACCGUUCAAACUAUGAAUAGUGACUUUUGAGGUCAUAAAUAUAAAUAACUUUUAUUAUGAGACCCAUGCUGAAA